AUGAGAGAUGCUGGAAAGUUGAAACUCGAUGAUGCUCUCACUAGUACAUUCUCCAAGUUUCCAAUUUCCUCUGUUACUUUGAGACAAUUGUCCACACACAUGAGUGGUCUCGGAAGACAAGCUCCUUGCAAACUAUUUGAUUGUAAUCUUUCUAAUGAUGAAGUUGUUAAGGCAAUGGCUGCUUCUGGUCUUCCUGGACAUUCUUCAGUUGUACAUGAACCAUACUCUGUACCAGUUUAUUCUGACUUUGGUUAUUGUUGGUUGAGUCAAGCUCUUGCUAAAAUUAAUGGUCAAUCCGUCUCUUCUAAUCUUAAGGAUGUAAUGAAAAGUGCCUCCAUGUCCAACUCUGGUCUCGUCUCUGAUCUCCUCACUGUUUCCACUCAUGUUGCUCCUAGCUAUGCUGGCAAUGCCACUAUCACAUUCGAUUCUGAAUUAAAGUCUGGUUGGUGUGAAGGUUCCAUGGAUGCUUACUCUACAUUGCAAGAUUUGACCUAUUAUGCCUCCUCAAUCUUGAAUGAUGAAAGUAUUCUUACUCGUCAAACUGUUCGUGAAUUUUUCACUCCUCAAUAUAUUUCUCCAGACGCUCAAAAUGCAACUGGUUUUGCCUUUGAAAUGAGUCACGAUAGCAAGUAUAACGUAUGGAAGAGAUCUAAGAGAGGAAGCGUUCUCGGAUUUUCUACUCACAUGAUCUUUGUUCCAGAAUACAAGUUUGCAAUCAUUUCAAUUUCUUCCAAUAGAGAUGUCUUUGCUACAUAUAUUGCUGAACAAAUUUAUGCUAAGGCUGUUGGAACACUUAUGAGUCAAUAUGUUUCUGUCAUGCCAGCAUUUGUUUUACCUCCAGCUCAAGAUCAAGCCAAGUACCAAGGUCUUGAUUGGUUCGUUGCUUACACUAAGAUAAGUUCUGAUGUCAAUCCAAAGGCAAGUGCUAGAUCUCUCAAGUCUCAAGUCAGAGUAUUGAAGGCAUCUGAUGCAAACCCUAAAUGUAACAUUCUUCCAAGAUCUGCAGAAAUUGAUGUUUCAACUCUUCAAUCUGCUUUAACAGAACUCAAGAAUAAUAUGGUUAAAUCUAUUUUGGUUGACAAUGGUGUAAAGAAUGGAUCCGGAAUUAUUCUUGCCAAAUAUAGAGAUACUGUUGUUAUGAACCAAGGUGUUGGUCAAGUUGGUACUAAGGGUAAGGAAACUGAAACUCCAACUGCCGAUUCCAUCUUUAGAGUUGCCUCUGUCACUAAAGUUUUUACCAGUAUGGCUGCUUUGAUUGCUCAAGAAUUGGGUCUUAUUAAGAGUAUUGAUGAACCAAUCACUAACUAUGUUAAAGACUUUCAAUAUACUAACAAGUACUUUACGACAGCAACUAACAAGAUUACUUUCAGACAAUUAAUGAGUCACGGUGCUGGUUUGUCUAGAACUUCUCCUUGUGAUCCAUAUAAUUGCAGUAUGACUUUUGAUGAAUACAGAAAGACCACAGUUGACUUGUUGCAAUUUAUGGCUCCAUCCAUAAGUGAUCGUUAUUACAGUAAUGUUGACUUUACCAUUUUGGGUGGAGUUCUUGAAUUGAUUACAGGUAAAUCAUUCAGAGAAUUCUGUAAGACUAACAUUUUCGACAAGUUGGGCAUGACUAACACUGGAUUUGAUUACUCUUCUGAUAUUCUUUCCAAGAUGGUUGUUGGUAGAGAUCCAGAUUAUUUGACCAUGUUGUUGGCCCAAGAGUGGCAUGUACAAAUUCAAGGUUCUUACACUGGUUAUAUGUCAUCAUGGUUUGCCAAUGGUACUAUUGUCCUCUCUAAUGCCACCCAAAAUCUUGGACCAUCAACUGUUAUUAAGGGAAUUCUCUUGGAAAAUGAAUUGUCGUUCGAUGUUGUUCCAGUUAGUCAAAAUGGAAAGGUCUAA